AUGUGUGGUAUCCUAUUCGCCUAUGACCAAAAGGCCCGACCCGAGCUUCGAUACGGCUUAUCCUUGAACGCUAUCAUCUCAAUACUAGCAACAGGUUGCAAAGCCUCCUUGAUGUUUAUGAUAGGAGAGGCUGUGAGUCAAUUAAAAUGGGUCUGGUUUCGUGCAGAGCCGAAGCAGCUCCUCCACCUGCAGCACUUUGACAGUGCAAGCCGAGGAUCCCUCGGCUCUAUUAUGAUUCUGUUCCAACACAGAGGACGGACUCUCGUCUCUUUUGGGGCAGCCAUCAUUGUUCUUUUACUUGCAUUUGAUCCAUUUGUUCAGCAGAUCUUGAGUUAUCAUACUCGGUCAGCUGCUAUUCACGAUGACACCGGGGUUGCAGUAACUAAGAGGUUAAAACAUUUUGUUCCAGACGCGAGCGAAGUUGAGUGGGAUUUAGCCUGGGUAUCAGGAAUCUGGUCUAAUGAUAAUAUGUUCCAUCCAACCUGCUCGUCUGUGAACUGUACAUGGCCUCGGUACCGCUCUAUUGAAGUGUGCAGUCAAUGCGCGGAUAUCACGACCUCUGUGUCGUUGGAUUGUCAUAAGGAUGACCGGGACGACAGCUUUUGGAAUAAGUACGAUCAUGAAACGGAGUCCUAUAAUUACAAUGCAUCAUGUCAUCUCGCCCAUCCACAAGGAACGUCGACCGACUUUCACGUCAAAUUCGGAAUGGCGUAUAAGAGCCCGAGUGCUGGUCGUGUGGGGAUACCAGAAAAUAUUACCUGGUAUGUCUACUCUGCUUUCGAUCAGAAUGCCGACAUCAGAGUGUACCAACACAUCGAAAACUUGACGUUUGCCGAAGUUGCCAAUCCUUUGGCGGUGUUCGCGCUGGCCAAAGUUGGGUAUAAUUCAACUUACUUCGACUCAGAUCCCAUCAAGGGGAUCAAGCUCGAUAAGGUUACGGAAUGUAGCCUUGCAUAUUGUCUCAAUGAGCAUGAUGAUUCAGUUACCAACGGCGUUCGCAUGGCCAAUAUCUCCACCAUCGAUUACGGCCAAUUGUUCUGGCGACAUGGGAGGACGUUCGCGGGAAAUCAAACACUCUGCUGGAGGCCUACAUCCAGUCCAUGGAACAUCACCUUUGAGGGUGAUCCGGCGCGGUCCACUUCAUUCCAAUUGAGCCCCGUUGAAUUUGCAUUUUGUGGUAUUCGACCGGGAGUAUUAUUGAAUGUGGGCCCUUUUGUGGGCUCCUCGGCCUUCAUCUAUCACAUGUGGGACGUUGACAACAAACCUGCAUCGUUUAAAGAUCCUGACCCUAACACGGAGCGCAUUGGCGUUGUCGGUCUUGAGGUUAUAAUGUCUAACGUUGCCGACUCCUUGAAUAGUAUGGCAUUGCAUACCAGCGGUGAACGUGUGAAUGGCACCGCGUAUGCCAUCGAAGUAUUUGUGGAGGUGCAAUGGGCAUGGUUAAUUUUGCCAGCCCUACUAGUUAUUUCCGGGACUUUGUUCUUUGUCUUGGUCAUCCUUAUAAACAAAAAGGACAAUACAUCACUCUGGAAGUCAUCGGUGUUGGCAUAUAUCUAUCACGGAUUGAAUGAUGUUGGUCCCGCUGAUUAUACAACUGCCAGUAAAAUGGAAGAGAAGGCAGAAGACAUGGAUGUUCAGCUUCAAUUCUCCGAUAAAAAGGGGGAUCUGAUACUAGGGAGAAGGCAAAGUAACACUGCGACAGAUUGA